CAAAAGGUUUUUACGCUCACUUACUUCGAGUUUUUUGAGAUUUGCAGAUGAAUUUAAAUGUCGUGAGAGAACGCGAGGACUCCGUGUGGACCAUAUUUGGAUAACACAAGUUGAUGUGUCAUAACCACAACAGCCACCAUGCCCAGUGAAGAUAAGCCGCCGCCACAGACCCGCCACAGGAAGAAGAACAAGAAGUCCCGCUCCAAGGGAAAGAGUCCUGGUGGUGGGAGUCCCAUCGCCCACCUCGGAGACUCCUCGGAGGCACAAGAUGACCUCUUACUACCCCCAGCCUUUCAGUUCUCUCCUAAAAAGGUGGCAGAGAAGAGACCUAAAGUGUCUGUUGCCAAAGUGGAGGAGGAGUCAUCUGUGGCGAUCUGUCUUCAGGUGCUUUUCCCCUACCUGCUGGCUGGGAUGGGCAUGGUGAUGGCCGGCAUGGUGCUGGACAACGUACAGCACUGGGAGGUGUUUAAGGUGAUAACAGAGGUUUUUAUUCUGGUUCCUGCUCUGGUCGGACUCAAAGGAAACCUGGAGAUGACCCUGGCUGCUCGGCUCUCUACUGCUGCCAACACGGGUCAAAUGGAUGACCCUGACAAACAGUGGACGAUGGUGUGGAGCAACCUGGCCCUGAUUCAGGUUCAGGCCACAGUGGUAGGAUUCCUCGCCGCAGUGGCAGCUAUUUGUUUAGGUGCAAUUUCUAGAGGAGGCGUUGAGCUGGAUCAGGCAGCUGUUCUGUGUGCCAGCAGCAUCACCACGGCCUUUCUGGCUGCUCUGUCUUUAGGCCUGGUGAUGAUCGGAGUGAUCAUCGGCUCCAGGAAGGUGGGGAUCAACCCCGACAACGUGGCCACCCCCAUCGCUGCCAGUCUGGGGGAUUUAAUCACCCUGUCUCUCCUGGCUGGGAUCAGCAGCACACUGUAUGAAUAUAUAGACAUUUGGUACCUGUCCCCCGCUGUGUGCCUGCUCUUCUUAUCUCUGAUCCCUCUCUGGGUGGUGGUGGCCCGACGAAGUCCUCAGAUCAGAGAGGUUCUCCGCUCAGGGUGGCAGCCUGUUAUAGUAGCCAUGUCCAUUAGCAGUUUUGGAGGCCUUAUACUGGACAAGACAGUGAGCGAUCCCAACUUUGAAGGGAUGGCCGUCUUCACACCUGUCAUUAAUGGAGUGGGAGGGAACUUGGUGGCCAUCCAGGCGAGCAGGAUUUCAACUUACCUGCACUUCUGGAGUGUUCCGGGGCUGCUGCCCAACAAGCUGAGCCAGCACUGGCCCAAUCCCUGCGUCACUUUCUUCUCCUCAGGAGUGAACUCCAGGUCAGCCCGGGUGCUACUGAUGCUGGUCGUACCGGGCCACCUGGUCUUCCUCUACGCCAUCUCUCUGCUGCAGGGAGAGGAGGCUCCCAUCACCGUCGCCUUCACCGUCUGCUACCUGUGCGCCGCUCUCCUGCAGGUGGCCAUUCUCCUUUAUGUUGCCGACCUCAUCGUUCGUUUGAUGUGGAGACGAAGUCUGGACCCCGAUAACUUCUCCAUCCCUUACCUGACUGCUCUGGGGGACCUGCUGGGCACCAGUUUCCUGGCCCUCUGUUUCCGCUGCGUCUCAUUGGUUCAAAGUUUGGGUCUAUGAUUUAUUUUUUGUCACUUAGCUCUGAACACUUGGUGGUAUAGCACCAUUUUUCUCCCUUUUUAUAGACAAAAAAUGCUUUUGAUUGGACAAUAAAGCAUUUUCUGAUCUGUAACGUUGGGCCAGCUCAUAUCAAAGAAUCAACCCAAACAUCUGCUCUGAAAUAAAACAACCGUUUUAUCUGAGAGCAGACUUUAAAUACUGUCCUUAAGAGCAUUCAUUACAGAAUGCCAACUCUUAGAUUACAAUCAUUCCUCCUUCGUGUCUGCCAAGUCGUUUCUCUGCAUUUAGUCUGUGUUUAAAUUUGUUAGAGGAAUGUGAAGUUAACUUAGUCCUGCAGCAGGACAACACAACAGGAAACCAACUGCUUUAUUGCCCUUUGCUCUAAACAUUAGUCUGUUGACAUUUGUUUGAACUUUGGGAUGAAAAAAUAUUGCAACGUUUGAAUAGAUUGUUCUGUGCAAAUAUGCUGGAUGACAUACAGGUUAAACAUUACCAGGAAUUUAAUAAGUCAGGGGUUAUUAUGAAGCGGUUUCCACACACAUCAGAUUACUACAUGGAGAGUUUUCCAUCUCUUAGAGUUACCUUAAUUCACCGGGAGCAUGAGGAGAAGUCCACGUUUUAGAUGAUAAAUUAUUCUAGAUUAAAAGAUGAGCAGACUCAGUUAGUGGCACUUGUGGAAAACAUUUUCCAGUACUUCAGAAAAACAAAAAAUAGAGCCAAACUAUAUUCACAACUAAGACGGUUUUAAUAGAAGGAACUUUGUGACGGCUGUACGUCUAGAUUUUUAGUCAGUGCAUCAACUCUGGCAACUUAUAUGUCACAUGCCGUAAAAUGUAGAGGAUGAACUGGUGAGUUGUGCUGUGGCCAGUGCCGCAAUCUUUAGAAACUGAGCCAGAUGAUGACUGACAUUUAAUGCCAUUUUUUAAAAUGUAUUUUUUUAUUUAACAAAACUAAAAAAGGAAGUUGUUUGUAGCAUCUGCUGGUUUAUUUUUAUUUUCGCAAUUAGCAAUUGAUUGGGGG